GAUUGAUUGAUUGAUUGAUUGAUUUAAACGUAUUGGCUGCCCAGCUCCAUUCCGUAUGUCCUCCGUCAUCCGUUCACCAGAAGGUGCCUAACUGUUCGCCCUGUGCUUCCUUCACUAUGUGGGUUUUUCACUUAGACGAUCCGCCCGAUCUCCACUGGAAACGGACCCCCACGUUACCGGAUGCUGAUGAGCGAUGGCGUGAACACACUUUCCUCUUUUAUGCUGGCAACACAGCUGAACCCUCUGGUGGAUGACCAGAGCUUGACUGCACAUGCCAUUUGCCAGAUUAACCGGUUCAUUGUUAACACUCUGAAGGAUGGAAGGCGAGUGGUGGUCUUGAUGGAAUUAGAGGUUCUGUGGCCGGGUAGCGCAGUGCCCACUAAGAUCGGAAACCCAGUCCCAUACACCGAAGGAACUGGGCAAGUAGGGAGGCAGCCACCGGCCACAGGUCCACCAGCUGACCCUUUGCCGAGCAAGCCAGCACCACAGAGCGGGGGUCCAGAGGCAGGAACCUUGACCAGAUACCCUGGGCCUUCCAAACUGCUUGGGAACGCAGGUGGCUCCAGCAUCCUGAACACUCCCGGUGGCUCUCAGGUCAAAGUGGUGCCCAUCGCCAGCUUGAACCCUUACCAGUCCAAGUGGACCAUUUGUGCCCGGGUGACUCAGAAAGGCCAGAUCCGCACAUGGAGCAACUCACGUGGAGAAGGAAAGCUCUUCUCCGUGGAGAUGGUUGAUGAAAGUGGUGAGAUCAGAGCAACAGCCUUUAAUGACCAAGUGGACAAGUUUUUCCCCCUCCUUGAGUUGAACAAGGUCUACUACUUUUCCAAGGGCAGCCUGAAGACGGCCAACAAGCAGUACACGGCUGUGAAGAAUGACUACGAGAUCACGUUCACCAGCGAGACGUCCGUCAUUCCCUGCGAGGAUGCCCAGCACCUGCCCACGGUGCAGUUUGACUUCGUUGCCAUUGGUGACUUGGAAAACGUGAGCAAGGACUCCUUCGUGGAUGUAAUUGGGAUCUGCAAGAGCUACGAGGAUGCUGCAAAAAUCACCAUCAGGUCUUCCAGUCGGGAGGUGUUCAAGAGAGAUAUGCACUUGAUGGACAUGUCUGGCAAGAUGGUGACAGUCACUCUCUGGGGAGCGGAAGCUGAAACAUUCGAUGGCUCCCGGCAGCCUGUCGUGGCCAUCCGGGGAGCCCGAGUCUCAGAUUUUGGGGGGCGGAGUCUCUCUGUCGUUUCAUCGAGCACGGUCCUCGUGAACCCCGACUGCCCACAGGCCUUCAAGCUGCGUGGCUGGUUUGACUCGGAAGGGCAGCUUCUGGAGUCCACCUCCAUCUCUUCCGGGCGGGGCGGGCUUGCAGCCGGGGGAAGCACCACCUGGAAGACGCUGCACGAGGCUAAAUCGGAGAACCUGGGCCAAGGGGACAAGGCCGACUACUUCAGCUGUGUGGGCACGGUGGUGUAUCUGCGCAAGGAGAACUGCAUGUACCAAGCUUGUCCCUCCCAAGAUUGCAAUAAAAAAGUGAUUGACGAGCAGAAUGGCCUCUAUCGCUGUGAAAAAUGUGACCGGGAGUUCCCCAACUUCAAGUACCGCAUGAUCCUGUCGGUGAACAUUGCGGACUUCCAGGACAACCAGUGGCUGACCUGUUUCCAGGAGUCGGCAGAGGCCAUCCUCGGGCAAAACACAGCUUAUCUGGGGGAGCUGAAGGAGAAGAAUGAGCAAGCGUUCGACGAGAUUCUCCAGAACGCCAAUUUUACCUCCCAUGAAUUCCGGAUCCGAGUCAAGCUGGAGACGUUCAAUGAUGAGUCACGCCUGAAGGCAACCGCAGUGGAGGUGAAGCCAGUCAACUACAAGGAGUACAGCAAGAGGCUGAUCAUGAACAUCCGGAAGAACGCCGCCCGGCUGGGCUGAGGUGCCCCCCACCGGUCAACUGCGGGGCGGAACUGCAGAGAGCAAAGCCGAAGAUUUCUCUUGUUGCAGCCCGGCCCGCCGGCCCCUUUUGCAGCCUCUUCCCCAUUUCUGUGCGGUGAAGGACAGGCUGCCGCAGGCUGUCCCAAGCCCUUCCUGGCACUGAGGUCCUGUUUUGUCAGGCCCGGGAGGGCCGCGUUUCCUCUGCCCCAGACGAGCCCGGCUGGGAUGGGUGCAGCACCAAGGGCCGUCGUGCCCAGUCCUGCAAGCUCUCCUCCACCCCAGUCCCCGGCAGUUGUUAAGGCUUGGAACGGCAACGGGCAGAAUUAUGAAUCAGAGACGUAUCUCUUCUAUCUGAAGAAUAUCCUUCUUUGCAGUUUAAUAGAUUGAAUCAGAUGGGCCUGAUAUUAAUCAAAAUGGUCUCUUCUGAGAGGAGCUGAUGAGUGUUGCCUCUUCUUCCCCUUGGGAAAUCUUGGCCACUACAGAGCAGCGUUUUAGUUUUUUGCCUCAAUUAAUACUAUUUUUUGGGGUUGCUGAUUGCAGUGCCUUCCUCCUCGUCUUUUUUUUUUUUUU